UAUAAGCUGAGCAGAAUAAUAUCUGCCGAAAAACCUCUCGUGAAUUAGUUCCCCCAAAAUCCCUGUCUCCUCUCUAUUUCCACUUCUCAAUUUCCUCCAAUUCGUGUCUGUAAAAGGUGAAAGUUCAAUUAGGGUUAAGGUUAGGGUUCCGUGCUAAGAAUCGAGUGCGGGGCCAUUCGGAGAACACGAUGUACGCCGAUCGGGUGGAGGCAGUGACAAAGAGGUCGAUAAGGGAUAGGCUUAACGGCAACACUGCUGAUGAUUUCGCUCGUCGUAGACAAGUUACCGGCAAGAGGCACAGAGAAGAAGAUGACAAAUGGGAGCAUGAUCUUUACGAGCGUCAUGAGCUUCCAGGAUCAAGCCAGAGAAUCGGUGCUAAGGAUCUUCGUCUGAAACUACAAAAGAAAAGUGUCCAACAAGCUACUCAAAGUGUUAAAGGUUCUGUCUCUGGAGGUGUCCGGGAUCUGCGUGAAAAGCUUUCUGGUACUGUAUACUCACAAAAAGUGGAAACUGAUCCCCCCAAAGCAAAGCUGAAGGUGGCUCCUGAAAUAAGCAAACAUGUCAGGAGAAGUAGCACAGCUGAAGCUCCUGCCAUGGAGACAAAAAAAAUUGCCAGCACAGUUUCAAAGAAGAAGUCCCAGCAAAAGGCGGAAUCAGUGGAUAAUUUUCUACAGUCAUUGGGUCUUGAGAAGUAUGCAAUUACAUUUCAAGCUGAAGAAGUUGAUAUGGCUGCUCUUGUGCACAUGACAGAUGAAGAUCUAAAAGCUAUAGGAAUACCAAUGGGUCCAAGGAAGAAGAUAAUAUUAGCACUGGAGACUAGAAUCUGAUAAUCCUUUGCUGGGGUUUUUCUAUGGUCAGAAAGCUUGUGUUUUAACUGUACAAGUCUCUUUCUGGGAUUUAUUUCUUUUCAAGUGUUUUUGGGUUUUAUCAAAGUAGUCAAGUGUGGUUAAUGAGAGGAGCUCUCUACAGCAUGGGAAAACAUUUAAUGAUGAGUGAGCAUAUUAAUUUAAUGGAUUCGUUGGUUGCUUUGCUUGUAACUUGGAAACCAAAUCUUGCUUUACAUUUAGUUUAGUAGCGCCAUUAUCUCUUCAUUUCUCCUGAAGAUAAGUUGAUAUAUUA